GAUUGCCCGGCCGCGCCCGGGCAGCCGGGCUCCCGGCCCGCAGAGGGGAUCACGGCUGCGCGGACGCGCGUGGGCCGCGCUGCGGGGGGCUGCGCCGCGCGCUCCGCUGGCGGCCCUGGCCUCGCGCGGCCCCGCUCCCCCGGCUUCCCUCCGCCGCCGCCCCUCCCCCCGCCCGGCUUUUAUUUCCCCGAUGCCGGGCUGUAACCCGAGCUUUUAUUUCCUGGUGGCUCCUUUAAGAGGCAGAGCUCAGUGCUGGGAAUUCACGUCAGUUUCUGCACUGAAACUCUCAAGAUCAAUGAGCAAAGAGCUUUCUCAGUUCUGCCUUUCAGUUUCUCUCUUCCAGGAAGGAAAACAUUCGAGAGAGCGAGGGAGAGCGGCGGGAGGGCGGGGGGCGGGGGCGCCGGCCGCGGGUGGGAGGAGAGAGCGGGAGGCCGGCCGGGCUGCGCCCCGGGUCGCCGCGCCGCGCCGCGACCUGCAGACCCCGCCGCCGCGCUCGGGCCCGGCUCCCACGCCCCCGCCGCCCCGCGCACCCAACUCCGCCGGCUGCCCCGCCCCGCGCGCUCGCAGACCCCCGGGGCGGCUGCCGGGAGAGAUGCUGCAAGAAACUUCUUAAAUGACCGCGUCCGGCUGGCCGUGGAGCGCUUCUGGGUUGGGGAGAGGAAAGGAAAGUGGAAAAAAACUGAGAACUUCCUGAUCUCUCUCGCUGUGAGACAUGUCUGAGACUCCUGCUCAGUGUAGCAUUAAGCAGGAACGAAUUUCAUAUACACCUCCCGAGAGCCCGGUGCCGAGUUACGCGUCCUCGACUCCGCUUCAUGUUCCAGUGCCCCGAGCGCUCAGGAUGGAGGACGACUCGAUCCGCCUGCCCGCGCACCUGCGCUUGCAGCCAAUUUACUGGAGCAGGGAUGACGUAGCCCAGUGGCUCAAGUGGGCUGAAAACGAAUUUUCUUUAAGGCCAAUUGACAGCAACACGUUUGAAAUGAACGGCAAAGCGCUCCUGCUGCUGACCAAAGAGGACUUUCGCUAUCGAUCUCCUCAUUCAGAUAAUUGUGUCCAGAGGACCCCGAGGCCUCCGGUGGAGAACGUGCACCACAACCCCCCCACCAUUGAACUGUUGCACCGGUCUAGAUCACCUGUCACAGCCAAUCACCGGCCUUCUCCCGACCCCGAGCAGCGGCCCCUCCGGUCCCCCCUGGACAACAUGAUCCGCCGCCUCUCCCCGGCCGAGAGGGCCCAGGGGCCGAGGCUCCACCAGGAGAACAACCACCAGGAGUCCUACCCCCUGUCAGUCUCUCCCAUGGAGAAUAACCACUGCCCGCCGUCCUCUGAGCCCCACCAGAAGCCAUCGAGCCCCCGGCAGGAGAGCACACGCGUGAUCCAGCUGAUGCCCAGUCCCAUCAUGCACCCUUUGAUCCUGAACCCCCGGCACUCCGUGGAUUUCAAACAGUCCAGGCUCUCCGAGGACGGGCUGCAUAGGGAAGGCAAGCCCAUCAACCUGUCCCAUCGGGAAGACCUGGCGUACAUGAACCACAUCAUGGUCUCUGUCUCCCCGCCCGAGGAGCACGCCAUGCCCAUUGGGAGAAUAGCAGACUGUAGACUGCUUUGGGAUUACGUCUAUCAGUUGCUUUCCGACAGCCGGUACGAAAACUUCAUCCGAUGGGAAGACAAAGAAUCCAAAAUAUUCCGGAUAGUGGAUCCCAAUGGACUGGCUCGACUGUGGGGAAACCAUAAGAACAGAACAAACAUGACCUAUGAGAAAAUGUCCAGAGCCCUGCGCCACUACUACAAACUAAACAUUAUCAGGAAGGAGCCAGGACAAAGGCUUUUGUUCAGGUUUAUGAAAACCCCGGAUGAAAUCAUGAGUGGCCGGACGGACCGUCUGGAGCACCUGGAGUCCCAGGAGCUGGAUGAACAAAUAUACCAAGAAGAUGAAUGCUGAGGGAACCAACCCACCGCCUCAGCGGGCCAGCAGCCAGGGGGCCCCCUGCCCGCGAGGGGCCUGGAGGCGAGCCGAGCAGGCGGGCUGAGACUAGAACAGGAAGAGACCCAGAAGUGGGAGUGACACCUGUCUCGCGUAGCGGGAGGGCCCCCAGAGCACCUUAGACAAACCACCCAGCAAAGGCGGGGCUGGAAUUCUGGCCGAGGGCACGAGCCUGGGACUCGCGGUUCCCGUUUCCUCCUCAUUUGGAACCUCUCCAUCUGUAAUUCCUCACCCUCACCCGUCCACCUGUUGUUAGUUUCAUGGUGUUUUCGUUUUUUGUUUUUUUUGUUUAAGACCAUGCAGUUUGACUUUUCAUCAUUCAUAGGGGAAGACAUCCGAGGUUGUUUUCCUAUGGAAAUAUAUAUCUAUUAUAUAUACCUAUUUUUUUGCAAAUCUCACAAAGUGCGGCAAACCCAGCUGGUCAGGAAAGAGAAAACACACGCAAAGGGUUUCAGGUUCCUCUUUAUCCUGCCACGUGGAUCAGGUUUGUUCCUGUUGCUCUUGGGUCUUGGCUGGGGGGAAAAAAAAAAAAAAAAAAAAAAAAAAAGAUGCUUUUAAAAAGGAUAAAGUGAAAAGGAGAGCGCUCUUUUUCUCCCUCUCGCUCUUUCCUCCCCUGCCUCUCCCUCCCUGCCUGCUGUUGAGUUUCAGAUACCUUUUAGCAGAGUCCAGCCUCCAGGACAGUCUUGGGAGUUGGUGAUGCUCCAAUGGAAUCAGCGGUCUGGGUGCUUUGCAGCGGCACUGCGCAAAAAAGAAAAUAAAUAAUAAAUAAUAAUAAUAAUCCAACCCACAUCCGGACAUCUGGCUGCCUAUCAGAGGGAGGCCCCAAACUUCACAGGUGCUGUGGUCCUCCAGAGAGAUAAGCGUCAGUCCAGCUGGCUGCCCCCGGCCGUGGCUGUGAGCACCCCAGGGCUUGGUGGUGCCGCAGGACAGAAGAUCAGGAUGGAAGGCUGUGUUAUUUGGAAGGCCCCAGCCUCUUGGGAUUAACUUGCAGGUCCUGCAAGGUUCCCAAAGGCCACCUUGUGGUCAGUUUCAUGCCCUCACCUAACUUUUUAAAAAUUCCUGGGCUUUUUAAAAGUUUCCUGGCCCCCACGGGACACGGCAUUGGAGAGGGGAGGACCCUGGAGUACACAGUCUCGCUUGCUACUGAUGUUUGCCCAGCCUGGGCAGACAGGAAACUCGUCAGAUCUAUGACCUUUUUCUCUUCUCCUUUCAUCGCUGUGUUUCACCCAUUCGUGGCUCUUUCUCGCCUCGAAAUAAGGUCCACAGUGUCUUGUAAAAUGAGGGAAGUGCCACCCCUUAGUACUUUUGAUGAUAACACAUAUUUUUAGAAAGCUCUUUGAGAUUUUUUUUUUUCCUUUUCUAGCCAUCUGAACUGACUCUUUUAAUACAGGUUCAGAAUCCAAUCUUAGAAGGACGGCCGUUUUUUAAUCCAAAAGAUUAGACCCGCCUUACACAGCACCCCCUCCUCGUUUCUCUAGUUUUCUCUCCUUGGUUGGGUGAGCAUCUUGCAGCUCCCCAGGGUACAUGUGCACGUCGUCAGCAGCACAUCUAGAUGCUGCUGCCAGAUCCCUGGGUGUCUUCUCAAGCCACUUCUGAGCAAAUCAGGGAGGUGGGGGUUGGAGGAAUGCAGGCAGGAAGAGUUCUCCCCCAGCCUUAUUGACAAGGACACCAGCCUGGGGAGAGGGAAGGACAGAUUAACUGCGGGUCAAGGACACUGGAAUCAAGGAGCCCUUCGAGGUCCUUCAGUUGUGCUCUGUUCCUGCCCCUUAUCAGACCACAGAUAGACACAUACAGGUGGCCAGCCUCCUCCACUGUCACACGAUCCACCAACUCUACCUUCCAGAAGGCCGGGCUUGCAGUGAGGUCAGGGACCUGCUGAUGAAGGAAGGGUUUGGUCUCGGGCCACUUGAAUGGUGGUGAAAGUCAGCUGGACCCCAGCACGCUCCAGAUGUCUUUCAAGAGCAUUCAGCAGCAUGCACUGAUUCGUUGUCCAGCCUCUAAGAUGACCGAUGUUGGAUUGCAACUGGAGAGAUUAAGCCAAAAACCUGGUGUAUUGGGAAGGCCAUUGAGUCGAAGGGCUGGAGAGAAAAGGUAGAUUUUUACUGAGGCCCUUUGUGUGGCUAUGAAAGCAGAGACCAGGGCGUGAUGUUGCUCUUUCCUAAGAUGAGAACAUCUCAUUCUGUUCACUUUACCCAUACGUAAGGACUCCAGCUCUUUCUGUUCAAAGAAUAUUACAGCUGAAUUAUGGAGGGAAAUUCCCUUUUCCCCCAAGGAUCUCUGUAUUUAAAGCAAUACCCUGUAAGAAUAGGUAAGACUUAGGAUGGUGACACCCUCACCUGCUUGUAGAAAGCACUAAUUCCAACGUGCUCCUUAUUUCCUACCCCAGUAUUACCAGUAAGAACUUUCUGCUGAUUCCCUUAAUGGCAAAAGUCGUCCUCAUUUAUUCUCUGAGCUGACACCCGGGCAGUGCCGACACCAGGGAUGCGGUUGUUUACACACCGCAGACCCCAAAGAUCUCCGGUUCCAUUCAGCAAACUUGGAUGAAGCACCUUCUAGACACUGUGAGGGAUUCAAAGAGGAAAUCAGGCGCAACCCCUGCCCUCCAAGAGCUUAGGCUCUACCAGUAGGGUCUAUCCAGUAUGAAAUUCCUUACUUCAACACUAAGUACGAGGGGCGAUGAACAUGUCACCUGGGACCAAAUUAAAAGCACGUCCGUGAUCUGAAGAGCUGGCCUUUCCCUACCGCUGCCAUGUGAGUCCUGGGCUUGCGAGAUCAGAAAUUGGGAAAGGAGAAUGUGGACGAGCACUGCAGAGCGGGGAGAGCUCCCUUCAGCUGUGUCUGAGAUGGUCGCUCUCACUUGUAUCUCUAGCUAAAAAUUCUCUAGCAUUUUCUCUUCCCUGCACCCUGGGUUAGCGAGGUUGCCUCCUCUUGAUCAGAAGAAAGCAGUGGCAAUUAGCGAGACUAGCUAUGUGGCUCUUAACAUCUCUUUUUGUCCCAAGGCAACUUAGUCUUGCCUAAGACAGCAUCACCAGUGUCCUGAAUCCUUUUUUUUUUUUUGGGGGGGGGGGGCAGGGAGCUGCCCACAGAAUAAGAGGAAUAACACACUGAUGAAUUUUCUCCUUUCGAUGGUGUAUUUGGCACCCUCCGACCCAGGGUCUUUUUACCCUGAUACCUUGUCCAAAUGGGAACGUAGCUUUAGCUGAAACUUCGAUGGCUCUGACAGGAUUCGCCUAAAUGACUAAGUACCCACCGUCUCCCCCUUUCACUGCCUAGGCUCCAACUCGGAAUACGUUUUUGAAACAUUCACUCCCUUCUGCAGAAGGGAGACCCGAGUAUCCAGGAGGUUAGUAUGACUUGCCUGAGGAACAGACAGCAUGCCAGGGACAGAAGGAGGAUUGAGAUCCAGCCUGGCCAGAUCCCCCAUUUGACCCAUUCCCACCCAGGAACCUGAAGAUGAGAGAUUUGGGAAAACACACGAAGAACAAAGGGCAGGUUGUUUUUGCUUUUGUGUUUUUCCCCUAGCAUUCGGUGCUAGUCGGUUUUCACCCGCUCGGCCUGCUCCCCUUCUGAGCAGAAAUCUGGAAGGAAGGCAGUGAGACAAGGAAGCCAUGGAGGGAGGGGGGGUGGUGGGGGUGGCAAUAAUCCCUGCCUGUCUAAAAACCGAGGAAGACUAACCUGAUCCUCUUUUGGCCCCAUCUGCAUCAACACUAAACAACUACAAACUCCCUGAAUCUUUCACACAUGCCAAGUGAACAUUCUUGAAGAUUUCUCUUUGUGACUGCAAACCAGGAUGAAUCUAGGAUUUCUUUUUCUCCUUUUUUUUUUUUUUUUUUGUUUAAUUUCUAAUCUCUUGUUGUUUAUGAGGUGUGGGGUGUAUAAGGGACUGAAUCAAAUGAAUGUAACAAAAAAAAAAGAAAAAAAAAACAAAAAACAAAUGCCUUUUCUCAGGGCCAGUGAGUUGCAAAUAAUUUU